AUGGAGAAAGGAAAGCUGUUAAAUAUUUUGGAGAGGGAAUUAAAAGAGUAUGGAGAUGAAGAGAUGUUGACAUUUUAUCAUCAGUUUUACAAAUCGGCAGAAGCAAAUGAGAGGCAUAUUGCGGAAAAAGUCUUCAGUGAACUCAUUUAUAAAAUGAAGAAUUUCUUCGUUAUUUAUGAUAAAAGGAGCAAGGAAAAUCUUAUUGAAAGAGUCAAAAAUGCGUUUAAGGAAGAAAGCAAUGAAAUUAACAUAAUAGACUUGCAUCAAAAAAAGGGAGAAGACAAGGAUGGCUCGAGGGAAGCAAAUUAUGUGAGGUGCAUGGAUGAGCCCAGCUACAGCAAUCAUCCCAGCUACAAUAAUCAACCGAGCUACAGCACUCAGCCCAGUUAUAGCAAUGAAUCGAGCUACACGAAUGACAGCACUGUGGAUGAGAGUGAUUACGCAAGGGAAAACGUGGAUUGCCAAACGAGAAAACAUCGAAUAAAGAAAGAAUUUGCAAAAGAAACAACUUUUUCGAGGUUUAAAAAUCAUUACUCUUUUGUAAACUCAAAUUUAUUUGAAAAUGUCAACUUGGAGGAUUUAAGAAAACACAUAUGUGAUUUGGACAUCUUUGAUUUGUACAAAUCUAACAUGGAAAUAAUAGCAGAAGAAGAGAGAGAGAAAAUAAAUGAAGAUGAUUUUUAUGAUACAUUUCAAUAUUUUUUAAAUUUACUGUGUUUAUUAUAUUUUUUAAAAAAUAUAUAUUUCGAUUUAAGCUACAAAACGAAUGAAAAUUCGUAUUCAUUUCUUUUUAAAGGAUUCGAAGAGAGAAAAAAUAAAGUAAUAAAUUAUUUUUUCUUUUUAAAAACAUUACGAUUACAUAGAUUAAUGGACAAUGAAGUUAUCAAAAUUUUCUGCAAUUUUUUUCAGUACAUAUAUAUUAAUGAGUAUCUAAUUAGAAACAUAUUUGACACACCUAUGAAUACAUUUUUAUUCACUGUUGUUUUGAAUUUUCAAAGAAAUUAUGUAAUACAUGACGAAGUAUCAAAUAGAAAUUCAAGGGAUACUGUGCAUGUCAGUUUGGGCACAGAUUUAAGCAUACGAGGUGAUAGGGGUGGAUGUAUAGAUGUUGGAAUUCUUUCAGAUGAAAUCACAACUUGCCAAAAUUACAUGAACAAUGCAUCAAUAAAAAAUACUAUUGCCAAUUUCUCCAAUGAAUACAUGGAUAAAUCGAUUAAUAAAUGUUCCGAAAAUGAAAAUAAAAUUGAGACAAAAAAUGUACAAGCCGAUGCCCAAAUCGAUGUCCAAGUUGCUGUCGAAAUGAAGGCGGAAAUGAGAAAAGAUCAAAACAGAAAUGAAAAUAAGGAAAGAAAAGAAAGUAAGGAAAGCAAUUAUAAGAAGCAGAAUCUAACGAACAAGACAAACCAAGAAGAUUAUCUAAAUAAAGAGUUAAAUAAUUUUUUCAUUUCAAAUAGCUCCAUUCAAAAAGAAAACAGAAAUUCUUUUGUGGAAAUAAUUUAUCAAAAUGAUAUUAAUCACAACCUCUAUUCAGAUGAAAUUAUUAAUGCCUUAUUUUACUUUUUUAAUAAUCCCUACUUAAUUUUUACAUUUCAUAGAAAUGUUUUAUACUAUAUUGAAAAAAAAAGUAAAGAUGAAAAUUUCUUUAACACGUAUAAAAACGCAAAUGCCCUAAUUAAAUAUCUCAACUAUAGUGUAACUAUCAUCUCGAGGAUUUUCCAUAUAUUUAUAAGUGCAGGCUUAUUUUUUAAUCAUAAUAUUAUGCAACAAGAAGCAAAUAAAUAUUUAAAUUUUUGUAAAUUACGAAAUUUUUAUAAUUUUUCAUUUGAUAAUAAUCAAAUGAACAACAAUAAGAAAUUUAAAAACACGGGAAGUUGCACCAUGGGUGAUGAUACUGUCACUUAUCUUGAUCAUAAAAAAAGGAGCAGAAGGAAAACUUUCUCCUCAGAAAGUGGAAUAAACACUUUUAAAGAUAGCGAAUCCGAUGAUGAAUCCACAGACACGGCUACAGGAAUCAUGCGUCACAGAAACAAGGUAAAAACUGCAAGUGCUAAAAAGAGGGAAAGUCUUCAUAAUCGGAAUAACACGAGUGACACGUGUCAUGAUACUAAUUUGCAUAAUUUCAAUAUCAUUAAAUAUUUGAUAAAAUACAAAAAUGUGGUUAGCAAUUUCUGCCAAGAUGAUUUUAAUAAAAGAGAGAGUCUCGAAAGUGACGAUGAGAUGAAAGAUAUAUUUGGAUCAACAACUAAUCAAGAGAGAACUAGUGGAGGCAUGAAAACUAGCAUAGAUGGGACGCAAGGUUUAUAUGACCAGGGAAGAUAUGAAGAAAGUGAAAAGAACAGUUAUGAUACCUAUAGUAGUAGUGGGAAAAGUAGCACUGAUGGAGAAGGGGAAGAUAGCGUAAUGGGAGAUGAAAACAUGUACCAGGAAAGUAAAUAUGAAGAGAGUGAUAAUGCAAUGAGUUCAAAUGAAUCUUGUGAAUUUGAAAGUAACGAGAUCAGCGAUGAACAAAGAGAACGAAAGAGAAAAUGUGAAAAAAAUGGAGGAAAGGGGAAAAUGAGGCCAAAUUACAAAGGAUCAUCAAAUCGAUAUGUCACAAAGGAUGGAAUAUAUCAAAACGAGUAUACAAAUAAAAGUAUCUUUAAUGACAUUUUAAGGAAAGCAAAAAAAAAAAAAAAAUUUUAUCAAGUCAUAAGUAAUAUAAAUAAAUUAAAGAAUGCUUUUGAUGUGAAUGAAAUAAAUAAAAAUAAAAUGAUAAAUUUGGAUUAUGUAGAAAAUGUAGACACCAUAUCAUAUUUUAUAAGCAUUUACAAUUCGGAUAACAUAUUUCAAUUUGAUUACUAUUUUUUAAAAUUCAUAACGGAAAUAACCACGACCUAUAAUAAUUACAUGAAAUCAUAUUUAAUUACCAGGCACAAUAAUGUAAAAUAUAAAAAAGAACAAGAACAGAAAAUAACUAGCGAAAUGGAACAUUUCCUUAAGGAAAUUUCCAAAUUGAUAUACAUUUACACAUGGUGUAUACUGCACAUAUUUGGACAUUCAUAUUCUUAUAUAAAAUACGCCAAAUAUUUUUAUCAAAAAAAAUCCUUCUUCGUUUUGGAGAAUAAGAAACAGUGUGUUUUUAACAAUUUCGGAUAUUUUGCGGAUGAAUCGAGUGUACGUCAUUCCUCCUCCCAAGACCACAACAAUGCUGACAGUGCUGACAAUGCUGACAUUGCUAACAUUGCUAGCACUGCUGACAAUGGUGUUAAUUGUAAUAAUCUUAAUAACCAUACGGGACACAACCACGGAGGUAGUGCCGAUAUACACAUGAAUCACUUCUUUAACCCACACCACAUUGUGGAAAACUUGAAGUACAAUUAUGAGUUAAAAAAAAACACAAGCGAAUUUGAAAACUUCAAUUUCCCCAAUUUAAUGCAUAUAUAUAAGAACUCAUAUUUUCAAAAUAUUGUUGACAAGUUACAUUUAAAUUUAAAAUUUAUUGAAAAUAUCCACUUUACCUUGAGUAAUAUGAUAAAAACGAAAAAAACUAAGAAGAAGAAAUUCCUGAAUUAUCUUUGUGUUAAGGAUCAAAAAUUAGAAGACAUAUGUAAUUCCAUAGAAAAUUUAAAAAGAAAUAUAAGUAAAUAUAAAAAAACUUUCCACUAUUGCUUAAAUUUUAAUAAUAUCAAAAAUGUCAUUAUCUUAACAUUGGAAGAAAUGAGCAUGACUUCUGACAAACUCGAACUAAAUAAACUACUGAAUGAAUACCUUAACAAGAUAGAAAAUCGAGGCCAAAUAAAAAAAAGGCAAAAAAAAAUUAACAUAAAAAUAAUCGAUAAUAAUAUCAUCCUUGACACAAAUGAGAAAAAAAAAAAAAAAAAGCAUGAUGGAAGUAAAAACCAUUGGCAAAAUAACAAAUCAAGUGAUAAAAAAAAAAAACGUUAUCAUCACAACUUUGUCCAAGUAAAAAAAAAUAUCAUAAAAAAACCCCUUGCUUAUAAGAAAAGAAACAACAACAAAAGGAAAAAUUCCAAUGAUAGAAAUAGCACCAUUUCAAGCUCUUCCCUAAGAGGGAUCCCAACAAAUAAUAGUAGUAACAAAGAAAAAGAAACUGAUAUGAGUCCAAAUGUAACUCAUAUUGAGAGCAAUUUAGUGUCUCUAAAAGGUUAUAAGAAGAAUGAAAACAAAACGAACAUGUUUACAGACAAUGAAAGCUAUUUUUAUGAUGAGGAAAUAAAUCAGAGUUGCACAAAGAGUGACUAUAGCUCAAGACAUCCUCACAAUGACAGCUAUAAAAGGGGCUGUGGAAACAACCCCGAGGAAUACAUCGCAAGGGAUGGUGUAUUUGAAACGAGGAGCAAGAGUCAUUAUUACGACAGCACCAUCAGCACAAGCAGUAACGACAGAAGUGGUAGUAGUGAUAGAAGUGGUAGUAGCGGCAGAAGUGACAGUAGCAGCCGAAGUGGCAGAAAAAGUUUGAGAAGAGCCCAAGCAAAUGUGCAAAGAAAAGGAAAGUAUAGAAUGAGUAAGGAAAGAAGCAUGGAUCACGUGUGGAUCCAAAAAAACGAGGAACAGAAAACAAACGAAAAUAUACUUCUGACGAACGAAAAUAACACAGAAAGACUAAUUUUCUUUUUUAAUUUAUUUAAUGGAAAUAACUUAUUCUACUAUUUAUCAUUACACUAUUUAGUAAAGAGUGAAAAAAUUAUGGAUAUUUUACAUUUUUUCCCUUUGAAAUAUUUACUAGAUUUGCUAAUUUUGUAUGAUUUAAAGGAUUAUAUCAAGUUUAAAACUGUCAUAAGAGUAUUUAGAAUCAUAUACGAGUUUAAAGAUUUUUCACCAACCUUAACGCAACACAUAUUUUUUAAUCGAAAUAAUUAUUGCUUGGAUAAUGCGGAUUUUAUGAAUUAUCAAUUUUUUUGUAAAUUUUUGGGAUUUGAUUCGAAAAAAACAUUAACUCAAAAACAAUGUAGUAAUAAUCUGCCAUCAUACCUCGAGAAUAAUUACGAGGACAUAUUUUUUUCUCCCAGUGUGUUCAAGAUGAAUAAGAAAAUUGGUCACACAGUGAAUGAAAAUGAAAAUUCCUAUUCCAGUGAUAAAAUUUAUUAUAGGGAAAACGCACAAGACGUCAAGGGAGGUGGAGGAAGCAUGAGGAAGAGUAAUAGAAGCAAAAUGAAGAUUGGGACAAACUUUUUAUCUUACAUAAGAAAUAUUUUUUCUAUAUUUAACCUUAGGAAAACAUGUAAAAGUUUUCCAAGUUUAGUGAAGAAUUUAAUUAAUAGGGUAUUAAUAAGCUUAAUAGGGCAAUAUAGCUACCUAAAUAAUGAUGAACAUGUGAAUGAACAUAAUAGCAUAACUUAUUAUGCGCUUCGAUUUAUUUUCAGGAAUUUAAAAAAUGUUACUCUUGGGUACAGUAACUCCACAUACUUUAGUUACUCCAUUAAUGAUCCAAUAGAAUUGCACAACAUUAGUAUUCAUAAUUUUAUUUUAUAUCAUAUAUACGAUUUAGCUAUAAGAACAAAAGAACUAACCAUCAAAAGUUCUUGUUUUAAAUUAUUAAAAUAUUUAUUGACAGAAUAUUAUUACUACCCAGAUAUGUUUAAUGAAAAAUCCCAUGAAUUAAUUAAUUCAGAUAUAAAAAUAAAUAAUUUUCUUAUUAAAAAUGUGAUACUAGAUUUUGUAUCCUUUAACAUUAUGAUUUGUCAUCUUCAAAAAGAACUAACAUCUGAUGUCAAUGUUUUAAAUAAUUUAGAUUUAUUUAAUUAUUCAAUUAAAUCGAUUGCAAACUAUUUAUUAGGAUAUAAAAAUAAUUCCAUUUUUUUUCUAAUGGACAAAAAAAUGGUUAAAUCCUUGUUAAUAAAAUUAACAUUUAUGAUACCAUUUAUUUAUAAGUUAAAAAUACCAGCAUGUGUAAUCAGAUUAUAUAUUCGAGUUAUCAAAUCUUUAGAUAAAGAAAUUCUUGAUAUGAUUCACAAUUUGAAUAAAAUAGAUCUCAUAUAUGACAGCUUGUUUUACAUUAUUACACGUCAUUUUAUUUACUUUUUCUUAAAUAUGAAUAUCGAAUUGGAUGAAGAGGCUUCUAACAUUUUGUCCUCAACUUAUAAAACUGGAUUAUCAAGAAAGACCUCAUGGAAUGGUAGCAAUUGUAUCCGAGUAACCAAUGAGUGGGAACAGGAAAAAUCUCCAGAGGAUCUUUCAGAUCAUCAAGAAGAAGAAAUAAAAAAUCAGAAUGGUGACUUUUUUGAUAAUUUCCAAGACGAACAAGAUAAACAUAAAAACAAUAAAGGUGAUAACAAGGAGGAAGAGGAAAACGGAUUAAUCCAAAGGAAUAAAAAAUAUCUCACAGUGGAAGAUGCAUACAGUGACCAUAACGAAAACAAUGAGUCUAGUGAUACUAGUGAUAAUAGCGAUCAGGAGAAAAGUCAUUCUAGAAGCUCUCAUGCAUCAGAGGAAGAACGUAGCCAUGGGUCCGAAGUAGAGGCUGACGAUGGUAAUUCCAGAGAAAGUGAUGGUAACAAAAGUGAUGGUAACAAAAGUGAUGGUAGCGAAAGUGAUGGUAGCGAAAGUGAUGGUAGCAAAAGUGGAGAUAGCAAAAGUGAUAUCUGCAGAAGUGAAGAUAGCAGAAGUGGAGAUAGCAAAAGUGAAGAUAGCAGAAGUGGAGAUAGCAGAAGUGGAGAUAGCAGAAGUGGAGAUAACAAAAGUGAUAUCAGCAGAAGUGACACAAGUAGAAGAUCCCCGAGUGACAGCAAUGAGGAUGAGCGGAUUAACCUCCAUGAAGUCACGGAGGAGAAGGGGAAUCAAUCCAAUUUACACAACAUGUCAGAUAUCCAAUACGUACGAAAAAUGAUAAAUGAAAACAGUAGUUACAAUUUGGAAAAUAAUUAUUUUGUAAACUAUUCUUUGUAUAUCCUUCACAAGGAGCACUAUUCUAUUUAUGUGUUUUUUUCUUCCUUUUUUAAAAAUGCACUUAAGGAGUAUAAGGAAAUAUCGAAGGGAUAA